GAGCAACUUCCGAUGCGUGCGCACUACUCGCUUCUCGGACCAGUACAAGCGGAGCAGAAGAUCAAGUGCGGUGCGCUCAGUGUGGUGUCUACUUGCAAACAGGACAGUCAGUCUUCGGCAAGACCUGACCGGCGGAACAAGUGCGUGUGAUCAGUGUAGUGCAGGAAUUUAACGUGCAGAGACGAAAAAAUAAACACAGUGUGAUCUCGGUGGUUAGCAGCAUUUAUUGCAAAGUGGAACAGAAAUCUGAGGUUCGUGCAGCAAUCCCGAAACAAUCCUUCCGGAGUAGCGGCCGCUUUCGUUCAAAAUUCUCCAAUCAAUUCAAACCCCAUCUUUGGCAUCGGCGUGCAACUGGGAACCAGUGGAGGGUAGUGUUUUUGGCGAUCCAAAGUGAUCUUAGUUGAUCCCUCUGCAGGGACACUUCCAUUCCAAAAGCGACAAACCACGAAAAAAAACCAUGGCAGCAGCGGUGCGCAGUAUGGCACUCAGCCAAAAUCUGCACAACAUUAUGCCGGGCAACUGUGGGCUGGCGCUGCAGCAGAAACCGAUCGGUUCCGCACAGUUGACCAGCAGCUCGGCCGCUUCCCUGCUCGGCAAGCAGCGACCACUUGCGCCGGCUCCAACCGUGCUGGGCGGCCACCGGGCCAACGCGAAGCUGCCCGGUGCCGGCCCGAUAGUGAGCAGCAGCAGUGGCAGCGGCAACAGCAGCAAGAAGUACGCCUACUGCGGGCUGCCGUAUGCGACCCCGCAACAAUCAGCCUCGGUACAGCGGCGCAAUGCUCGCGAGCGGAACCGCGUCAAGCAGGUGAACAAUGGGUUCGCGAACCUGCGCCAGCACAUCCCAUCAACCGUGGUGACCGCGCUGACGAAUGGGGCGCGCGGCGCCAACAAGAAGCUCAGCAAGGUCGACACACUGCGGCUGGCGGUCGAGUACAUCCGCAGCCUGCAGCGCAUGCUGGACGAGAACGGUGGCGAGCUGCCGUCCAACAAGCAGCAGCAGCAACUCACCAGCGCCUCCAGCACCAAUCAACUGUCGAACAGCUCGCUCUGCUCGGCCUCCUCGGGCAGCUCCACCUACUACGGCACGAUGUCGGAACCGUCGAACGCGUCCUCGCCGGCACCGUCCCAUCUGUCCGACCACUCGUCGCACGGUGGCACUGGCGGCGGCGGCGGCUGUUACGCACCGAUCGCCGGCGGCUUCAAGCACGAACCGUACGACAUCUACGUCGAUCCAUCCAGCUCGCCGACACCGUCGUUCGGUUCGGACCACGGCAUUGGCGGUGUUACGUCUUCGUCUGUGCAUCUGCAUGCCGGCGGCCACUCGACGGUGCUAGGUUCGGCGACCGACAACAAUAACUACAUCCUUGCCCAGCAGCAGCAGCAGCAGCAGCAGCAUCAUCAGCAUCAGCCUCAUCAGCAGCAACAGCAGCAGUACCACAGUCAUCCUCACCACACACCGGUACAGUUCAAGACCGAGCUCCACGACAACACGCAGUACGACGAGGAGCUGAGCCCUCAGAAUCCCGACGACGAGGAACUGCUCGACUACAUCUCCUGGUGGCAGCAGCAGUAACACGCCCCCACAGCAUCCUAAUCGAAACGGCAAUCGAUAGAUGCCCCGAGGGAACGGUCUAGUCAACGCGCGUGUGUGCGAGUGCGUGCUCCUGCCAAUAAAACACCCACACCAGCAAAUGCUUGCCAGUGACGAGGUCCACUCGUAACCAGAGUGUUGUGAAGGUGCAAUCUCCUCUCAGUGUCCGCGUACCCGGAACACAGAGGAUGAACGUACCAACGCCUGAGCAAGCCUGUUCAUCGGUGCGUCCCCGCAACCUACCCAGUUGAAAUCACGCAUAGUGCCUUUUUACACUUGUAGCCUCAGUCCUUGUAGCUGUAUGCAACGGCAAAAUGAUGUUUUAUUAUAGUUAUACUACUGAUGUUUAUACACACGUUACGGAGCUAUCAUUUAUUAAUCUUUUUUUGUAAUGUACAUGUAUUGCGAGCGUUUCUGUUGAAGCAUCGCUCUUGCUUGCUUAAGUUUAUUGUACUAUUUAUAGUUACACAUUGCCCAACAAAAAGGGAACACGAGAGAAUUAGACACUGAUUACAGUUAGCAGCUAGGAAUUGUACAGGAAAGAGAGAGAGAGAACAAGUCAUAGUCAUCAGUGUAGCAAUGCGAUUCGAAAAAAAAACAGCAAACCAGUGAAACAAUUUCGCCUCGGGUUAGUAUUUCGCGUUAGUAUAGUGUAUAAGUUGUUAAGUACUGUUGUCGGCCAUCUUUAUAUUAUAUAUACCAGUUCAAAUAUUAUUUAGCGCGCUCUACAAUGAAGCGAUUGUACAAAGCAAAUUACGUUGCGUUGCACGUAGAAAUUUAAUAAAAGAAAACCCCACACACAGCCAAACACACACUCGCUCGAGCAGCAGAGGUG